GAUCAUAAAUGAGCGGUUACGGCCGUAUAUUUCCGAAAAAUUGCUGUUUAAGAGACGUGCUCGCCGCUGUGGCUGUACCAGGAAGUGAGGUUUUACCAAGUGACCCAUCAUCCAAAUGAAAGAUGACGGCGACGUUAGCCAGCUAGCUAAUGUUGUUUUACGAGUCAGUAUUAUGGGAAUGACACUUGUUUUUUUUAACCUUAGCUGUGCGCGUUUCACAUCGAAAAUGUCAGUCUCGCGAAAUUCGUUAUGGCGUAGAGUGCUCUGUUCGGCGUUGGUUUGUUUCUUACAGUCGGAGUUCGGUGAAAUUUUUGCAUGGCUGUGGGACAUGGAUAGUCUGUGCAGCCACAGCUCGUACCUGCUGCAGCAGCUCCAGGAGCAGAGGAUUCAGGGGCUGCUGUGCGACUGCAUGCUGGUAGUCAAAGGGGUUUGCUUCAAAGCUCACAAAAACGUCCUGGCUGCUUUCAGCUCAUAUUUCAGGUCUUUAUUCCAAAAUUCUCCUAGUCAGAAGAAUGAUGUGUUUAACUUGGUUAUCCAGGAUGUCAGUGGAAUUGGACAGAUUUUGGACUAUAUGUACACCUCUCAUCUUGAUAUCAAUCAAGAUAACGUACAAGCACUCCUGGACAUUGCCCAGUGUUUGCAGGUCCCAAAUGUCCAGAAUAUGUGUAAUGCUUUCCUCAAGCCUUGUCCUCCACCGGUGGAAAUCCCAUCAUUCACUCUUCCUGGCAUGUUGACCUCAGAGCACGAUUGCCUCUUGGGAAGCAGUCUUCCUCACGAUGUUGACCUCCACUGUCCUUCUGAAGCCCAGAGGCCUGGUUUCAACAGUGACAUGGACCACAACAAAAGGCUACCAAUUUCCAUGCCCUCUCGGGCCUCCAACUGUGAGACAGUUAGCGGUACCCAUGCGCCUGUGGAAAAACAGCUAGUCCAUGGCUACAAGCUCCGUAACUUCUACAGCAAGCAGUACUUCAAGCAAAGUGCAAUUCAGACUAAUAAUGCAGCCUCAAAUCAAGGCUCAGGUCCAUCGGUAGGCGUGGAGGAGCAGCAGUGUCAGCUCGGUGUCAACCAGGAAGGCAACCACUCUUCCGUAUGCUCAGGAAAUGCAGUUCAGCCAUCCACUCCCUGCACAUCUAUGGCAAUUGAAAAGAACAGUCUCUCCUCUUUAACACCUUCUGAAAAUUUAAACACUCUCAUUUCUGACUCUGCAGACUCCACAGUCAACAAGCCAGUACGCCCAAAGAAGACUGUUUACCUGAAAAAAUAUAACUACCUACGAUCUCAGAAGGCUUUGGAGGAGAUGUGCAUGGAAGCAGUUGCUGAACCAGUCCUUAGCUGUCCCAAGGAGAGCCAACAAGUAGAGUCUGUGAUCCUCAGUAAAGCUCCAGAAGCUCCUGUUGAAGCCCUUGUUGUAAGCAAGGAGGCAGUUUCUGACAUGGUACCAGAUACACAAGUUCUCGAUUCAUCACCUGUAAAUCAAACUCCACAGACUGUAUCGGAGCCCCUGCAGCAGAUAGGACACAAGCAGUAUUGUUGUGAGGUGUGCGGAAAAAUCUUCAAACACCCAAGCAAUUUGGAACUUCAUAAGCGUUCGCAUACUGGUGAGAAGCCCUUUCAGUGCAAUGUUUGUGGGAAGAACUUCUCGCAGGCUGGAAAUCUGCAAACACAUUUGCGACGACAUUCUGGAGAGAAACCAUACAUUUGUGAAUUGUGUGGUAAAAGCUUUACUGCAUCAGGCGAUGUCCAGCGUCAUAAAGUAGUCCAUACAGGAGAGAAGCCUCAUCUAUGUGAUAUUUGUGGCAAAGGAUUUAACAAUUUGAGUAAUCUCAAGGAGCACAAGAGGACUCACACCACAGACAAGAUGUUCACCUGUGAUCAAUGUGGAAAGUCCUUCAACACACACAGAAAGCUCCUGAAGCACAAGGCCCGCCACACUGGAGAAAAACCACACAGUUGUGACACCUGUGGGAAGUGCUUUAUUGGCUCAGGAGACCUGCAGCGUCACAUACGUUCACACACCGGGGAGAAACCCUACGUGUGUAAUGCCUGUGGGAAGAGCUUCACGCGCUCGGCCAUGUUGAGGAGCCAUAGAAAUGUGAACUGCAAGGGUGCACCAAGCGACACUCCAGUCAUACAUGAAGCUAAUCACUGGCGAAGUUCAGGUCGAACUACCUCACACAGCAAACUUCUGCCGCCUCCGUGAGCAGCCUUUCCCCAGUAUGAUGCCUCACACAACGCUAGAGAAGCCGCAACCUCCUCCUCCUUCACCACCUCAACCAGCAGCACAUACAGACCCCCCGUCUCACAGCAUGCACCUCAGUCCAACAUCUACACCCACCUCCGUGCCAGAACUGCGCUCCCUUGUGCCCCAUCACCUCCUGUCUUCCAGCCAACAGGAAAGGAGUGCAGACCACACCAAGCUGUCUAGAUCCUACCCGUCUCAGGAGAUUGUUUAUGGUCCCUAUGUGGAGAGUGGGCCUAUGCCAGUGGAGAUUGACAGAGGUCUGGUAGGGAGAUCCUACCUGCCUCCAGCGGACAAUCACUGCAGUCCAGCAUCCACUCGCCCCAGCAGUGGCUCCUACAGGCCCAGUGAUGGCCAGUUUAUCUCCAGUGUAACUCUGUGGGGCUUGGCAAUGAAAACUCUGCAGAAUGACAAUGACCUGGAGCAAUAACAUGGCGCACAGCAUUGACUGUACCUUUUAAUGAAGCACACAUGAAGUGGUAAUAAUAUCAGUCGUUAACAACGAGCAAAAUUGUAUUUACUGAUUUCAUGUUAUUGGUCAACAUGGUAGAAAACUUUAUUUGAUGUUUAAGUACACUAUGCUGAUCUGAUUUUCAGGUUUUCAUUUCAGUCCACCAUCACAGCUUAUGAUUUUACUGAUGAAUUCCUUUGCUUAUGUUAAAGGAGUGCUAAUGAGUGGAACCAUCUUGUGGAGGGUGGUUGGAAAGAAGACCAGCAGACUGUUGUCAUGUCAUUGCCCUACAGAUGCAUGUGCAGCCUCAGUAUUUUUACUCUGAGUCACAGUUCGGUUUUCAGCUAUUAAUGAUCCUACACUGUAAACCUGAACAAGUUGACCACACUCAAAAAAGAAAGAGUAAAGAAAAGUUUUUAAGUAUUCUGGAGCAGCGUUUCAGGUUAUCAUCACUAAUUUGUAGACCCAACAAAAUUUUGGUGCCAUCCCCAGCCACACAUUGUCGAUUGUUUCAUUCCUGUUUUAGUUUACUGUUCUGUUGGGUAUUUCUUCUAGAAUAUGCCCAAGUAGUGUGCAUCAUGUUUCUCCAAGCAGCUGCACCCGCAUGUCCUGUGUCCUGUAUCGACUAACUGUCCACAAACCUAACUGUUAAAACCACCCAGCAGCUGGUAGUAUGUCUAUGGAACAUCAGCAAAAUUAUGUUGUAUUUUUCAUGGAUCUGGUGCAUCAAAGUUCAGAUACAAUGGGGUUUGUCCUCAUUAUGUUCUUUCAUUGUAGUGAGUUACUAGAAGUGAGUAUUUAUUAUCUACAUACCUUUUGUGGGAUGGACUAAC